CUUAACGCCCCCCUACCCAACUGGGCCGAGUGGCAUUUACUUUAAUGCCCUCCCACGAUUCCCACAUUUACUGUCCUGCCAUCGUCUUCCUCCUGCUAUAAAUCCAGGCUUAAACAAUCGCUAGAUCUCAGAUAUGUCUAAUUCUUCUAGAAGAUCGUCUAUAAGGUCUAGCUUGCAGCGUUCGCUCUCGCCGUCCGGCCGGUUCUUCACGCCGGCGGCGGAGAAGGAUGUGUCCUCGUUCGCGUCGUCUACCAGCUCGAGCUUUUGCUCGACUCCUUCGUCCGGUUUCUUCAACAGAUCGGCGUCCCCUACGCGCGUGAAUCUCCACGGCUUUGCCUUGGCGGCUCCGACGCCGUCCGUUCGGUUCUCGAUCGACCGAUCUAUCUCUCCCAGGCGAUCCGUGGCGGUUUCUCACCGAGAUCAGGUGGUCAGGAGGCAGAACGGCGGAAAUCCGUUGGCGAAUCUCCCGAAGAAGACGUGCCUGUGCUCUCCGACGACGCAUCCAGGUUCGUUUCGUUGUAGUUUGCACAAGAACGCGACCAGCAGGCCGUCGAUUUCGUACUCGCCGAACCGAUUGAAUGCUCGGAGGUCAGCAAUGACGAACUCCCUGGUCCGGAUCGGGACCGUGGAGGGGGAUUUGGUGAAGCGAGCUUUGGCUGCUCUCAUCCGACCUUCUUCCCACCAGCAAAGGCGCCGGGGAGACUUCCAGCCCAGGCCGAGCCGCCUUUCAAGGAUGUCAAAAGCCGAUGAUCUCUGAGUGGUUCUCCGAUAAAGGUUGGUAACAGGUUGGCGGUGGAUUCCGGCUGCGGUUUUUAGUUCUCCGGUGAAUCGAAAGCCCUAUAUCCAACAGAUUACAGUUUUGGUACAUUCACGAAGGAUCUGGAAGAUCUUGUACAUAUGAAUCCCAGCGAUCUGAUAACAAUCAAAGAACAUGUUUGAACUUUUUUGGCAUCCAUCUGAAAAACUUAAUUUCCAAAAAGAAAAAAUGAAUUCUCUGAUUGCUUUCGAUCUAAAUUGUAAAAAAAAAAGAAAAAAUCGGACUAGAAUUCAUUUGAAGAAAUACGCGAGGAUUGAAUAUAUGUGGAUUGAUUGAAUGGACUUUCGUGUGUGUUGGGCGUUCGUUUCCGUUUGUUAUCCGUCGACGUUUCCCCGCCGUUUCACUGUUCCGGCGUAACAGAAUUUCCCGUCGUGUUUGCGUUUGCCUUUCGUGUUCAGAGUUAUCAAUACGCAGGAAUGGCGUCAUGGCGUGGAAUUCAUUGAAUUUGGAAAUUGAUGAGUGGGAAAAAAGGAAUAUCCCUUCGGAUUUUGGACUCAAUUGGGCUCUCUGGAUUGGAACCUAAACCCUAGCUUUUGUUGAACCGGAAAAUUCUGACCCUUAACCGUAUGAAAGAGGCUUAGGAAAAAAAAUCAAAGGAAACGAACCGAGGACCAAUUUGAUUAAUUCAUAUUAAAAGGUCAACCUUUUC